AUGUGGGAGUUUAGGUCUAUGUCUUUCUGGCGGGCAGUGUUUGCCGAGUUCUAUGGCACCAUGUUCUUUGUAUUUUUUGGGCUUGGGGCCGCCCUCCGCUGGACUACGGGGCCCCAUAAUGUCCUCCAUGUUGCCUUUUGCUUUGGACUGGCGGCUGCCACCCUUAUCCAGUCCAUCGGCCACAUCAGUGGAGGACACAUCAACCCAGCUGUUACCUUUGCCUACCUGAUCGGAUCCCAGAUGUCCCUUUUCCGCGCCUUCUUCUACAUCACGGCUCAGUGUCUGGGAGCACUGGCUGGUGCUGCUGUGCUGUACGGGGUCACACCCAGCAAUAUGAGGGGGAAUCUGGCACUCAACACGGUAAGAUCACCUCCAAGUCAAUUAAAUACCCCAUCUGGAUUAAGCUGCUGUACAACAAAUGUGACGUUUCUGAAUUGCAGUUUUGUCAGCUAUGUCUUGAGAAAGCUAAAAACAAUGUGUAUUGUGUGUUGUUAAUGUCUGUGCUUCCAGUUGCAGCCAGGUAUCAGCCUGGGCAUGGCCACCACCAUGGAGAUCUUCCUCACCCUGCAGCUUGUCGUCUGCGUCUUCGCUGUGACUGAUGAGCGGCGUAACGGACGCCUUGGCUCUGCUGCCCUGGCUAUCGGUUUUUCUGUGCUCAUGGGACAUCUUCUCGGGGUAAGAACCAGACGGAGCGUUUGUAAACAUUUUCAAGACUCGCAGGAAUCCAACAAGGAUCUAUGAUUGUACUCUUCAACUUUUCUCUAUUUAUGACAUGCAAUAGAUAUACUACACUGGAGCAGGGAUGAACCCAGCCAGGUCCUUCGCCCCUGCUGUCCUGGUCAGGAAUUUUGUCAACCACUGGGUAAGAUCUUUAUAUAUACAGUUUUUUAAUAUAUAUAUAUACCACAUUUACCUAGCAUCUACAGUAUAACUUGGCUAACACAUCCUCUGUCAUCUGUGUCGAUGGCAGGUGUACUGGGUGGGCCCCAUGAUCGGAGGUGCCAUGGGUGCUCUGCUGUAUGACUUCAUGCUGUUCCCUCGUAUGCGUGGCCUCUCAGAGAGGCUCGCCACGCUGAAGGGCACCCGGCCCCCAGAGGCUGAGGGCCAGCAGGAGACCAGGGGAGAGCCCAUUGAGCUGAAAACACAGGCCCUAUAA